CAUGUAAACACCGUGACAUUGAAGAUAAAAAUAAUCGGUCACAUGAGUAUGAAAAACUGAAUCUAAAUAAAAAUAUAGUAGAUAAAUCAAACAGGAUUUCCACACACUUUAAUGUAUAAUAUAAAACUUAACAAAUGUACCAUAGCGAAUUAAUGAUUUGAAAUAGACGAGGAGGUUUCUGAAAGAUGGCGGAGAAACACUAUGAACUGCACAGACCUAACUCUCCUCGUGAACGAUUAUUUGAUGGUGAGAGGAAUGAGGACUAUGAUAUUGGUUGUUGUGGUUAUGUACUAAUUGGUCUGUCAUACGUCUUGGUGAUCAUUACAUUUCCAUUCUCACUACUCUGGUGCCUCAAAGUUGUACAAGAGUAUGAAAGAGCAGUUAUAUUCCGACUUGGUAGAAUCAAAUCUUCACGUGCACAAGGACCAGGUCUGUUUUUCCUGUUACCAUGUGCCGAUAAUUUUGUGAAGGUUGAUCUUCGUACAUUUAACUUUAACAUUCCGCCACAAGAGAUUUUAACAAAAGAUUCAGUCACGUGUGUCGUGGAUGCUGUUAUUUAUGCACGUGUGUGUGAUGCUACGAAGUCAGUGGUCAAUAUUCUAAAUGCACGUGCAUCAACAAAUCUUCUAGGGGCGACAACUUUAAGGACAGUUGUGGGCACGGUUGGUCUGUCUGAGCUACUGUCUGAUCGUGAGCGAAUUGAUGGGGUUAUGAAGGAUACAUUGGAUAAGGCCACAGAACACUGGGGUGUUAAAGUUGAAAGAGUUGAAAUCAAAGAUGUCCGACUUCCGGUACAGAUGCAGAGAGCUAUGGCGGCGGAAGCAGAAUCGACACGUGAAGCUCGUGCUAAGGUUGUAUCUGCCGAGGGUGAAUUGAAAGCCUCCCGCUCACUCAAGGAAGCAGCAGACGUCCUGGCUGAGACGCCGGCGUCCCUACAGUUACGUUACCUGCAGACGUUACAAAGUGUCGCCGAGGAACAAAAUCAUACCAUCAUAUUUCCAUUACCAGAAAACUUAAUUUCGUCUGCUGCCAAACAGACGCUCGGUCGAUUAUCUGGGGCUCUAGCCGGUGCACAGUCCGCUAAGUCCGGUGAGCCUUUGAUUUCUCUUCAACAAUCAGCAGAUGACCGAUUGUAGGUACUAAAAAUCUACAUUUUGAACAAAGAAAAGCAUUACAACCUUUGGAGAGAAAGAAAAUAUUUCAGAUAUGUGUAUUUAAGUACCACGUAGGAAACGUAUAAUAGAAGAAACUCAUUUUAGUUUUUGUUUUUAGAUAUUACCUGUAAUUGAGAGAUUAUUUGAACGUGUUUUUCUGUCUUUUGUGUUUUGGAUAAAUAUUUGUUUUAUCCGUGUCAUAAUAAUAAUGAUAAAUCAAGAUUAGCUAACAAAAUGCGUACAACAUGUUAUAAAUCCUUCAUUAUAAUGUAAUAUACAUGAAUGUUGUAUACAUAUAUAAGAUAGGAGCUAUGUAAUAUAAACUUUGACUUUUCAUACUGAACUUAAUGAAAAUGAAAGGGAGGACCCUACACUUCAUCAUGUUCACGACGAAGUGUUCUUUAUGUAACCAUGCAGAAUUAUACGUGUCUGUCUCGUAGCAAUGUCUUUUUAGGGAUUUAAAGCCGAUUUUAACUAAAAGUUGGAAAAUGCAAUUUAAAUAAUUAUAACUUUAUGGUAAUGUAACUGAAUAUAACAUGCUGAAUAUAUAGAG